GCUAUGUCCGACCGCAAUGAAAGGUACUGCCGAGACUUUCGUGAAGGCAGGCAAGCAUGCACAUGUGAAUACUUCACCCCACCUUCUAAUCCUGAUGCUCCUUACUACUGUCAAGAAUGUCAGCAUGGCUUUAGCAAGCAUCCCAUGGCUCUGGAUUCUACAAGAGACGUACCUCAAAAGCAAGACAGCACAGCACCAUCUGGAAAAAAGAGGCUCGUCAGCAUAUUCAAAGAAAAAAUUAGUUCAGGGUCUGCAGCAAGACCCUUGCGAACUGCUACCUCAUCCAAAAGCAUGCUCAAUCAAAAAACAGGUGUUGCAUCGUGGCUUCUUUUGGUGAAUAAUCUUGAUCGCCGUCAAUGCGCACAUAUUGAGACAGCUAAUAGGUUUUACUUCAGUCAAACGUGGACUCAUGACGAAGUCCAUCAUUACCUGCAAAACGAGGUGUUUCUAUUAGCAUUUGAGUACGUCAAUUCAACAGAAAAGGGGAAAGGAAUUGGCAUACCUUCUUGCCCAUGGGUUUUAAUAAGCAAGGAGAGGCUCCGACAUGAGGUUGUAAACAUUGACAACCCCACCGGCAGUGAUCUUGCACAAUUCCAAGGCAGACCCAAGUGCCCUGUAAAAGAUGCCAAUGUCAUCAUAGGUAAGGAGCCUCUGUCUCGUAUAAUCUAUUGA